AUGAACAGUGAACCGAUUUUAGUCAUUUUCUUUGAUCCCUCUCUUUUGCGCAAUCCUGCGGCCGAUCAUGUCCUUUUGAUACAAAUCUGCCCCCAAAGUCCCUCCGAUUGGUUAUUGCCCGGGUUGGUACAGCCUGCUCUUGGCGGCUCUUUUGACGCUUACAUACACUUCGGCCAAGUCGAGCUGCAGGCCUUAGAUACCAUCACCUGUCUUGCCGCUGUACUUGGGCAUCAUCAAUCUGGUACCAAAAGCUGA